AUCUUCUUUGGUUGGGUUCAUAUUCAAAGAAAUGGAUCACCCAAUCAUAUGAAGUGUUUCUUCUUCAUCAUCAUUUUUGGGCUUAAAGCCAGAAUUGGUAAUUCUCGAUCUCAUCAUCAGACCCCUUUUGUGCAGCAUUGGCAACACAUCUGUGAAUGCAAACCCAGCAAACAUUGCCUCCUUGACCGUCAUACAUUAGCAGAGUUAAGUGACUUGCUGCUCACUGUCGAUAAAUACAAUGGUGAGGAGACUCAAAGGAGUAAGGUGCUCCAGCAAAGAUCUUUCCCCAGCAAAACAAGUUCUUCAGCGAAAAAGGUAAAAGGUGGCCAUGCUACUUUGGCUCAUCUUGCAGAUCAAUGGCUGUUGCAGUCAACCGAUGCUCUUAAAAAUCCUUUCUCUAAGGAUAUUUAUCAAAAACUGUUGAAAGAAGGUACGUACCAUGGCAAAGAAGUUAGUCGACGUGCAGAGGUGGGCAGAAGGUGUAAGAAGUUGCCUCACAAAAAUUGAAAAUCAUUCUCUGGGCUCUACUAAUGCUUUGGAGAGGGCAGAUUUAGAAUAUGUCACUGAAUUGUUGAGUUUUGAUACCAUGCCGUGUAACGAGCCUGGACAUCUUAAAUUGAAGGAGUAUGCUGAAGAGGCAAAGAAGUUGGCCCGAGAGAUUGAAUCAACUCUUUCGUCAUCUUCAAAGUUAUUGGAGUUGGAAAACCUUUACGAUAGAAGCCGUCGCUUAGGAAUCCUUGUCAAAGGAAGCGAGAAACUGGCACAGAAAAUUUCUUCAAUGGAGGUUUUGGCUGCUGUCAUCAAGGCAAGUGCUUCCAGAGAGCAUGAGAUUCUUGCGGAAAUUAGAGAUGCUGUUUUUACGUUUAUUCGUAAAAUGGAAUCGAAGAGAGUUAUGGAUACCAUGCUCGUCUCACGUGUCAAGAUAUUGUAUAUUCGGUCUUUGCUCGCUAGAUCACCAGAGCUGUAGUUUAUCAAUGUAACAAUUUUGGAUAUCUCCUCUAGGCUUCAAAAUUUGCAAGAGCUAGCUUAUGGGGCAAAUGAACCGCACACUAAAGAACAAGAUUGAUGUUUUCGUAGGUUAUUUGAGUUUUACCAUUUUUAGUUCAGGGGUUGUUCAAUUUGAGGUCACUUUAGGGACCAUUAUCAAAGAAGUUUUGACAAUUUGAAUGAGAGAAUUCAAAGG